AUGUCAAAGCGGACGUCCCAGGCGCUUUCACUCGCGAAGAAGGUGGAAAUCUUGCAAGAAGUGGAAGAUGGAAAGUUGUUGAAGACGGAAAUUGCAAGGAAAUUUGGUAUAGCGAAAAGCACAGUGUGUGGGAUAGUGAAAAAUCGCCAGAAAAUAAUGGACGCUUUUAGCGGCAGUGAGUUCGCACCAAAGAGAAAAAGAAUGCGAACAGCCGCGCAUAAGGAUCUUGAAGACGUGCUUCUUGCGUGGAUUCGUCAAGCAAGAAGCUCGAACUUGCCAGUAAGUGGUGUUGUUUUACGUGCGAAAGCCGAAGAAAUAGCCCUCCGACUGCACGUGGAGGGAUUUUCGUGCAGCGACGGUUGGUUGGAUCGGUUUAGAAAGCGUCAUGGACUUGUGUUCCGUUCUAUCGUCGGGGAGUCUGCCGACGUAAAUGACGCUGCCUGCACUGACUGGAGGUCAUCCAGAUUAAAGGACCUCAUGGAGGAAUAUGAUGCGGUAGACAUCUACAACGUAGAUGAAACCGCGCUGUACUAUCAGCUCCUCCCACAGAAGACAUUGACAUUUUCUGGGGAUGCCUGCACCGGAGGCAAACACAGCAAGAUACGUGUGACUGUUCUGGUUGGAGCCAACAUGACCGGAACUGACAAGCUCAAGCUUCUCGUCAUCGGCAAGUCGAAAUCGCCGCGUUGUUUUAAGAAUGUCAGGACCUUGCCUGCGACGUACGCGGCAAACUCCAAGGCCUGGAUGACGCAGGCACUCUUUGAGCAGUGGCUACGCGACAUGGACCGCUGCUUUGCAAGGCAGAAGAGGAAUGUGUUGUUUCUUGUCGACAACUGCCCUGGGCACGGGAAAGUCAGCGGACUGGCAGCUAUCCGGCUCGAGUUCCUGCCACCCAACACAACCGCGAAAUUACAGCCAAUGGACCAGGGGGUCAUCAGUAGUCUAAAAAGGCACUACAGACGCUCGCUGCUACAGCGUAUGCUGCUCUGUAUGGAAAACGGGAAGCAAUACGAAGUGAAUCUCCUGAGUGCUGUGCACCUUCUGUCCCACGCAUGGGAACAGGUGACCGAAGCCACCAUCGCGAACUCCUUUCGGCACGCGGGAUUCGUGAGGGAUAGCUGCCCCCCAGAAGUCUUUGUGAAGGAAUGCGAGGACUCUGAGGACAACAAUCUUUGCUCAACACUCAGUGCAACCCUUGGUGCCCCUCUGGACUUGGCAGCGUAUGCCGCAGUUGAUGACAACAUAGCUAGCUGCAGAGCAGACACCAUGGAUGACAUCAUCAGUGAGGUACUGGAUGCUGAGGCUGCUUCAGAUACAGAGGAAGACUGUGAGCCUACUGAAGUGGAUGUGCCACAAGUGACCUGUGAAGCAGCUGAUGCUGCUCUUCAAGUGCUUUCCCAAUUUUUUGAAAGUCAUGAACACACUGAGGGGUUCCUCAGAAGCAUUGGGCAGAUGUCAUCCUUUAUAACUGCAUCUCAGCUCAAGCAACAGAAGCAGAAAAAAAUCACAGAUUGGUUCAGUGUGCCACGGUGA